UUGAAUCGAGCUGAGGCUGGAGCUCAGUGCAGGGUGCAGCUGGAGAUGCAGAGCGCGGGGUAGCAGCAGCAGCGGCGGGACAACGUUGAAUAUGGACGGCCUCUUGGUGGGACUGGUGCUGGCGUCCGUCUCCUUUCUCUGAGCGAUUCAGUAAAUGAUGAGCCAGCUCUCCCGGUCCGCCGCUCUCCUACUCUGCUUACUGGGCUGUAAUGUGUGGAAAGCGGUCACUAAAACCUUACGCGAUCAGCGUGCACAAGAGGUGACAUUAAAAGUCCAUGUCAGUGAUUCUAGUACACAUCAGCCUUUGGGUAAAGCCUUCAUUGAGAUUUUCGCCAACCAGACCUCAUUUGUCUCGGGAUACUCAGAAGCUGAUGGGGUAGCCUUCAUCACGUUCCGCUACACCCCUGGAGUUCAACUACUCAUUACUGCAUCAAAACGUGGCUAUGUCCCAAACUCCUCACCAUGGCUAGCCACCAAACUGCCCUUGUUUUCAUCUGUGAGCUUGCUUCUCCAUCCUGAACGGUCAGCAACCCUAAUGGUGUAUGAAGAUGUUGUUCAGAUUGUCUCAGGAUUUCAGGGUGCUCUAAUUCAGCCUAGAAUCCAGUUCCAGAGAAGGUCUCUCAACUUGCCAAAGAACUCAACCUAUCGAAAUCUGGUAGCUUUUCUUACAGUAGCUGCCACCCCUUGGGAAGUAGGUGAUUUCCCAUAUCUUCAAGGAAUUGAUGUAAAUCGAACAGGAAACAGCAGCAGGUUUCAGCUGACCCCUGUCACAGCAGUGAGUGUUCAUCUCUUGAAUAGUGAUGGAACUGAAAUCCAAGUGAACGGUCCCAUCUGUGUGACCAUUCCCCUGCCAGCCAAAAGCUCCUUGAAGCCGAAUGAUGCUCUCCCAGCAUGGAAGUUUGAUAAGAAAAUUGGUGCUUGGCUGAAGAGUGGAUUGGGCCUUGUACAAAGAGAAGGGGAUUAUCUCACUUGGACAUACUUCGCGCCACAGUUGGGUUACUGGGUUGCAGCUAUGUCCCCUCAAAGCCCAGGUAAUAUGGGACCUGUAGGAGCCAGUGACAUCACUGUCUAUCACACAGCCUUCCUGUUGGCCAUUCUUGGAGGAAUGACUGUCAUUCUGCUGGUUCUGCUUUGUUUACUCAUCUAUUAUUGCAGGAGAAAAUGUUUAAAGCCCCGUCAGCACCAUAGAAAAAUUCAGCUGUCCUCUGCACUGGACAGUUCUAAGAAGGACCAAGCAACAUCCAUGUCUCACCUCAACUUAAUCAGUGCAGUCCACAUGGAAUUGGUAUCAUCCAAUGGAGAGGCGGAUGUUCAUACACCAAUGCUGAAACCCUCAUACAGUACUUCACGAGAAUUCAGUUCUAGAGAAGAAUUAAUUUCACACAAAGACCCAUCUUUAAGGGAGACCUUAAAAGAGGAAUAUUGUCGGUCUCCUCCUAGAAGCUAUCACCUCAAAAUGGCAAGAUCCAUCGAUGUUCCAGAAGAUUUUGAAUCUUCUGUGAGAGAAGACUAUAGAAAAAGCUACAAUUCCGUUGUUUCACAGCCACUAUUGGAUAAAAGAGAUAAAGAAGUUCAGGCUUCAAUUAGACUUCUUCCCACAGACAGUAAAAGUAGUAUCCAAGAGCCAGAUUAUCAACUAUCAUAUGUUCCUGACAAAGCACAAAAAAUGGACAGAAAGACAACUGAUUACAUGAUGUCCCGGUCAGUUGACCACCUUGAAAGACCAACCUCUUUUCCUCAGCCAGGCCAGUUGCUCUGUUGCAGUUCGGCAGAUGAGGUGAAUGAUAAUGUUUAUAGGAAAGUGUUACCCACGUUAGUUAUUCCUGCCCAUUAUAUGAAGUUGCCCAUGGAAUAUCAGUCCAUGGGGCAGCCUUUAUCUGCCCCCACAGAACAGCAGCUGGAGUUCGAAAGAUUACAAGCAGAGCUUUCUAUUUCUCACCAACAGAUGCAUCCUCAUUCUGAACGGCAAGCGACACCACAAACUUUAUCGCAGCAGCAACUUCAGGAAACAGAAGUUGGAGACUGGAGUCCCCAGUCAUCCACCAUGUCAGAAUCUGUCUCCAUCCCAGCAUCACUAAGCGAAGCAGCAAUGGCUCAGAUGAAUAGUGAAGUCCAGCUCUUUGCAGAAAAAGCACUGCUAGAGCUAACAGGUGGAAAGCCUCUUCCUCACCCCAGAGCUUGGUUUGUCUCCUUAGAUGGCCGUGCAAAUGCCCAGGUUAGGCAUUCUUACAUUGACUUGCAGAAAGCUGGCAAAAAUGGGAGCAACGAUGCAAGUUUGGAUUCUGGUGUGGACAUGAAUGAACCAAAACCUUCCCGAAAGGGAAAGGAAGCACGAGAACAGAAUCUUUCUGGCAGUAUGACGUACACCAGGCUGGUGUAUGUAGAUGACAUGGAACAGAGUGGUAGUGAAAGUGGUACAGCUGUAUGUAGUCCAGAGGACACCUCAAUGAAACCACUAAUGGAUGGGUCAGCUGAAAGAGAAGGUGACACAACAGUGGGAUUACAGAAUGAAAAUAUCCAGCGAAUUGAAGAAAUGGAGGAGUGUCUUCCAACUAGUCCACAACACACAGAGAAUGCUGAAACUGAUGAUAAGAUGAUGAAUGAUGAAAAUGACCGUAUUAAUGACAAUGAUCAAAUCAAUGAUGACAAUGACAGCACUGAAGACCAAGAUGAGGAUAAAAAAAGCCCUUGGCAGAAACGGGAGGAAAGACCUUUAAUGGCUUUUAAUUUGAAGUGAUCACUUACAGGUUUGCUCUCAUUGGAGUUAAAAUGAAGUUGCCAAAUAUGUUAUGAAAGUGCGUGUUCAAUUGUGGGAACCUGAGAUAAAGAAAGAGGGAGAAGACAUAAAUAUAUUUGAAAGGAACUGUGAAUGCUGUGCUGAUGUUUCAAACGUUGUAGGGAAAGUGUUUAGAGUUUUCUGAACAAUUGUUGCUUAAAUGAAGACCUAUGAGACAGCCAGAUAAUUAUAGAAAGAUAAUGUCUUCAAAUUUAUUUUUGCCAUAAAUAACCUAUUGUAUGAAAUAAUCAGUUCCAUUGCCAGAUAUUUUACCUGAAUAUCCCAACAGUGGCAGUGGUUGAUGGAUUUCUACUUAUUUGCCAGAAUUAUACUGUAAUAGUGUAUUAAAGGGCAUCACGCUAUGUCCACAGUUAUAGAAUAUUUGAAAGAAAGGCUAUGCAUUGCUGCUUUUAAAAUUAUGUUGCUUAAUUCACUUGUCACGUCUAAUAUUUGUUGUAAACUAUUUUCUUUAAGAUUGCUUAUUCUAUUAGACUCAAUAUUGUUAGAGCAUUUAGCUACCAGUAUGCUGUGAAUGACAACACUCAGUGAUGGCAGAAGCCACUGAUUAAAACCAAACUGUCCUCUUUAUUAAAAAAAAAACUGGUCCGGUAUUCUCCAAGUGCCUUCAUGUUUUCCACUGAACGAACCCUAUUUCAAUAGUUCUUGUCUCUGGACUCUUGAAAUUCUGCUUUUCAUAAUUGUCAGUUUUUUGACAGUUCGACAUUGAUUUGCAUGCAAUCAUCAACCAUUUGUGCUUUUUUGUCAUGCUUAAAUUGCAACAGUAUAUUGUAGAUAGUAAUGUGUAUUGUAUUACUGGUUUGCUGUUGAACUACAGAUAGACUAGAGAACUUUUACAGAGACAUGAAAAAAGUAGCCAUGAAUGGAUGUUCUGUAUAUAUUGUAUGUUUGGCUGCAGUUGAAUAUUUUAAUUGCUAGCAUUUCCAAUGUCUUCCCAAUCUGGGAUAAUUGAGUGGUCAAGACUGAGUGAUCAAUGUGUUCGAGUCAACAUUUUAUCCUUCUGUGUCAUUUUACAGUACAAGGAUUCCUUUUCUGUACAUUUGUUUGAAUUGGUUGCUUGUUUCUACAAGGCUAAUUAUUCAAAAUAAAUCUUGGGUAAAAGUUGAA